AAGUGUAACCUAGAAAUGUGUUUACAGCGAAAAUUAAUUCGAAAUAAAAUAUUUUUUUCUUUCGAUCGUUGAAUACUCCUAUACUUUGAAUUAACCAUCGCACUAUAUUUAUUUCCAUAAAAAUGAGCGUUUUGUUGAGAUUUUCAUGGAAUUCGUUUCGUUGUACAAGGUUUGCGAGUACAUUGGCCGUACAACAGCAUAAACCAACAAAUCUAAAUCGCAUUAAGUUGAUUGGAUCUGUUGCCGAAGUCUACAAUGAAAAUACCAGAAUUUUAUUUAAUCUAAGAACUUUUGACGAAAAUUCAUUUUAUGACGUACACAAAAUUUUGGUGCCUCCAAAUGUAUUGGAAAUACUUUCCGACGAAGUUAUACAGACUAACAAUAAACUUUUAAUUGUUGGUAAAUUAAAUGCAAAACAGUACGCUCGGAAUGAUGGUAAAAGUUAUACAGCACAUCGAAUUGUGGCUCAACAACUGCACAUCAUUGAUACCGGCGCAUUGGAUGUGAAUGAUGAUUAUAGUGAAUUAGGGACCACAAAUAAAAAUUAUCAAUUUGAUAUAAAAGAUGAGAAUCGUGUGCAACUCGAAUCAUUCAUUUGGUCACCAAUAGAACAUGCAGAUAAAUACAGCGCCUUCUUCUUAGCCAUGCGAUAUAGCUCGAAAGAUUCAACUAUGAAUAUUGUCGACAAAACUGAUUUGAUAUCGAUUUUUGCAUACAAUGAUGUACUACGAAAUAUACUUAAACGGCAAUUGAAUCGAUUAGAUCGGGUCCGUGUUGAAGGCAUUCUAAAGUAUAAGCCAUGCAUUGAUAGUCAAGGAAAAAAGAAAUACAAAGGAUACAUAAAAGCUGAACGAAUAAUAAAACUAAUUACAUUUAAUGACAUUGAAAAGAAAAAAGCGGCAAACAAAUUGUAAAUCACAAAAGAUAUUUGAUUAAAUCGUUUUUAUAAUAUAGA